AUAUCGAAUUCAUGCUGUUCUGCUAUUAUGUUUACUGUAAAGCUUAGGAGGCGCCCUCUGUAUCAUUCGAAUGGCUAUUAUGUGUAAUGAUUUGUUCAUUUUGUGUUGUGGCAAAAUUUAAUAAAGGAUUGGUUUUUUAAUUGUCAACUACCGAAGAUGCCAAAGCCAAGAAAAAGACGUACCACUGUUUCUAGUGAAGAAAAAUCUGUAAAAGACGACGAAAGCGUGAUCGAUACUCAACGAUCUUCUGCAGAUGCUGAAAUUCAAAAAAAUUCAGAAGUAUCAUCUAAUGAUGUUAGCUCACCUGCUACAAAACGUGCAAAAUUAGGGAAGAUAAAGAAACGUCUGGAAAAAAAGAUUGACUUAAAGCGAGAUGUGAACCCUGAACUUCUGCAAGCUGGGCAGGAUAGACAGUAUGAUAGAUAUUGCUGGAUAUGCCAUAAAGAAGAUGGUGAACAGAAGUGUUCAUUGUGCCCAAGAAUUUAUCAUGUACAAUGUGUAAAUAGAGAGAAAAUAUGUGAAGAAGAUUGGAUGUGUCCUGAAUGUCUCAACAUUUCUCUGUCUGAUAAGAAAUCUUCAGCUUCACCUAUAUUAGCCAUGCUAACAACAGAACAGUUUUGUAGUUUACUUAAAUAUACUUUACAUAGAAUGAAAAUACAUGUUCCAGAAGAUUUUAAUAUUGAUAAUCCCAGUUCUGUUGUUUAUCCAAUGGAUUUUAAUAUCUUAGAAAAGAAUAUCCGUAAAAAAGCAUAUACAACAACUGCUUCAUUUUUAGCAGAUGUCAAAUGGAUCUUGCACAAUCACAUAACAUGUUCAUCUCAUGGAAUGCCCAUAAUUAAAACAAUACUAAAAGUAUGUCAAGAAGAAUUGAGAGAAAUAGAAACUUGCCCUGAUUGUUAUUUACAUGCUUAUUCUAUGAAAGACAAAUGGUUCUCUGAACCUUGUAGAAAACCACAUACUCUUGUUUGGGCAAAACUUAAAGGAUUUCCUAUAUGGCCUGCAAAAGCUGUAAAAUCAGCAAAUGGAAAUGUUGAUGUAAGGUUUUUUGGAGGCCAUGAAAGAGCCUGGGUUCCAGUAGGACAUGUUUAUUUUCUCUCACGUGAUCCACCUCAAGCAAUUACAUCUCAAAAGAAAAAUUUUGAAAUUGCUAUACAAGAAGUUGAUCUACAUAUAAAAUUAUUAACACAAAGAUUUGGAGGUUAUGAAUAUGCACUUGAAAAAACACCUUUUAUUCCAACACAGCUUUACCUUCAUCUGAAUAUUACAUUAAAUAAAGUGAGUUAUUUUUUACUACAAUGAAAUCUAUAAUAUUUAAUAAUUAAAAUUAAAUAUAUCAAACAUUGUGAAGCCUGAUAUGUUAUAGAAACAUAACCAAAUGAUCACCU